AUGAUGUGUUCUUCAACAAGGAGUCUCACCCUCCACAAAUGGAUCGAUAACUUCACAUUCUCGUCAACAGCAGUACAAUCCUACCACGCCGUCACCGAACAGUUCAAUGUUAUAUAUUCCGAUGAAGACAAGGUUGACCAUCCUGUCUCGGGAACGAUUUCCAGCAUUCUGAAGAUCCCUCCAGAGAAUAUCACCAUUUUCUGCAUAGGAAAGCCUGCAUGGCUAGUCAAAAUCGAUCGACCUGAGGAGGCCAUCACGUCAGAAUCAGAUCUCACAGCCAUUACUGUGGAAGUACUGAAACUUCUUUUGGAUUUGACCCAACCUAUCAAAUCUAUUGAACAAAUACAGUAUCCGGUGGCAUGCUUCGGAGCACUCAAAUUUGUAGCAAAAGUUAGAGAUGGCGUUUGCAACUUGAGCAUCUAUGGACCAUUUGGAUCUCGAUGUUGCAACUGGACCGAUAUUCGCAUGGAAAGUGAUGAACCAGCUAUGGAGGUCAGUCUGCUAGAACAAGAGUCUUCUGACGACAGCCCAACUAUCAGAUGUCUAGCGAAAAUUGGGAUCAAUCACGAUGGCAUCGACCGUCAAGAGACCUUCACGUCGAUGGGAUUGGACUCGCUACAGUGCGCCGAGCUGGAGAUCGCGCUACAAUCACAAUUUCCUCAGUACAACAUUCCUACAGGCAUUGCAAUGAGGAAGCCGACCGUUGAAGAGAUGGACGCUUAUCUUAUGUCGUGUGAUGUUGCCUAUAAAAUCAACAAUAAAGAUGUCGAUGCUUAUUCUGGUCAUAUUCCUUUGUCACCUCAACAGAGAGGUUUGCUGUUUAUGAGUGAACUCGAACCCCACACAAGGGCGCAAUUCAAUGAGCCUGUAGUUUUCACGACGAGCAAAGAAAAUUUCAAUCAGUCGCGGUUUCGGAAGGUUCUGAACUCUCUCGCAAUGAGGCACACUGUCCUCCGUACUUCCUAUUUUGCGAAUGGUCAGACGGUUCUGUCAGGCACAGAGGCAUUUUUUGCCUGCGGAAGAUCGUCGAUUGCUCCGCAGAAUUUUGUACAACUUUCUAUUGACGUAAGAAACACGAGUAUGAACGCGAUGGUUUGGGAUUCAGCUGGUCGCACAGUGGUCUGCCUGGUCUUUCACCAUAUCGCUGUCGAUGGUCACUCAAUUAACAUCAUUACGCGAGAAAUCGGAGCGCUGUAUUCGGGAGAACGACUACCCCUUCCAAGGCGACAAUAUGCAGAUUACGCCAUUGAAACUGCUAGUCUCAAUUAUGAGAUGAAGUUGGCGAAAUGGCGAGAGCACUUAAAAUGUAGAGAAUUUCAACUUCUAGUCACUGAUAAACCGAGAACGGCUAAGAGAACAUACAAUGGAGCAUCAAUCCAAAAGCGAAUACCAGCUACUCUGCAGAACUCUUUGAAGAAGCUCCGACAGGCAGCUAAUUGCACAAAUUUUUGUAUUUUCGCUGCUACCUACAAGUUUCUCGUCUACAAAACUUACGGCAUAUCGGAUUUUCCAAUCGGCUUCCCUUCGACGUUAAGAACAAAGGAACACACUGAUACUGUCGGUUGUUUCGUGAAUAUGGUACCGCUUGUGGAACUAUUAGAUCCUUCACAAACACUGGCUCAGUACCUGAGCCGCAUUUCGGCUGCCAUUGCUGAGGCGAAGAGCAUGGACGUCCCUCUGGAUGUGCUUGUCAGCGGCCUAGGAAUAGAACGAGACGAUAACGUAUCGCCGCUCUUUCAAGUUCUUCUCGUUAUGGACAGCGUUCAACUGCCUUCCACCGAGAGCGAUAUUUCCCUGCUAGAGUGUCCUACACGUUUUGCAAAAUACGAACAAACAUGGUACUUCCGAAAUGACGGUAAAUCCAUUUAUAUCUGCGUCGAGUACAAUAGCGAUUUGUUCAGACAGCAAACAAUCGAGGACUACAUGGAUCGGUUUCUUUUCAUCCUCAAGACGUUCCAGGAGCUCCCUCCACAUCAGAUGCUAAAGGAUAUAGCGAUAACCAAACAUAGUGAGCUAAGGUCAAUCUACGAGAAAAGGAGGGGGAAUACCUUCGACAUUCCAGAGAUUACUGUUCUUGAGAUGUUCUAUAGGAAUUUAUCGACAAAGAGCUUGAUCAAGUACAAGAAAGAGAGAAUGAGCUACGAAGAACUCAAUGAUGAAAGCUCAAAGAUGGCUGAUUCCAUCACAAGUGCUUAUUUGUCCCAUUACGGAGAGCUGCCUUCAAGAGACAGAUGUGCCGCUGUGUUUAUGGAACGAUCGCUCGAUCUCGACAUGGCCUACAUCACCUGCACCUCUGGGACAACUGGGAAUCCAAAACUAGUAUGCACCGAAUUCUCAGGUCACAGCAAUCUCGCAGCAGCUUACACGGAGACUUUCCUUCUGCACAAUAAGUCGCAUGCUUAUCAGGUGGUCAACUACAGUUUUGACAUUUUCUUUGCCGAUUUAACCAAGACGUUCGUGAAUGGCGCGUCAAUCACGCUGGCUGAAGGACUCAUCCCAAACAUUGCCGAGAUGGACGGCGUUACGAACGCCUACAUCAUGCCUGCGUACCUUUCAUCGUUAUCGACGUCAGAUAUUGAGCGACUGAGCUUUCUGGAGUCCAUCCACUUUGGAGGUGAGGCAAUCCAACCAUCAGCUCUUCGGCUUCUCCUUCAAACUGGUGUGGACAUCUUUCACGAGCACGGUGUGACGGAACAAACCGUGUUUACGAUGGCAAAUCGAAUGCACGUAAACAAUCCCAUUUCCGAAAUGGGACCUCCUUACCGCAACCUGCACUGUCUUUUGAGAGAUGGCGAUCAACAACUUCUUCCAGAAAGGUACCCGAGCAUUUACUACGUGAACGGUUGUGGUCUAUUCAGAGGAUACUACGGCAAUGAGGAGCUCAACGCCAAGACGCUGAGGAAAGGAAUUUUUGGAAAGGAAAUGCGCACCGGUGACGUUGUGAAGUGCGAGCAUGGUCGACUCCAUUUUCAAGGACGUAAUGAAUUGCAACGAUGGUUGCUGGUCAGCAGAUGCGUUGGUGUACUCCUGAGUGAGCGACUUCCUAGCUAUUGUGUCCCCAAGCACUUCGCUGCGCCGCUGAAGAAGUUUCCAUUGAAUCAGAACGGGAAAAUCGACAAAAAGCUUCUGCCAAAACCGUUGCGUCAAACAUCUAUCACCAACUCACGACCACCUCAAGGAGAGCUAGAAACGGUCGUUGCUGAUUCGUUCAAGAAAUACACUCAAAGAGAUUUCAUGGCUGAUGAAUGCUUCUUUGACUUCGGCGGUGAUUCCGUGAAGGCAAUGCUGGUCGUGCAAGAUCUCGCGGCACGUGGAUACAAACUGGAAUUGAGCACACUGUUUUCUUUACGCACAGCUGAGAAAAUUGCCAACCAUCUAGGAACGAAAGAGCAAUCAAGAAGAGGGACGUCCGAGAUGCCGAACAAGGAUUCUUGCAGUUUCGAGACUCCGCUCUCGCCUCAGCAGAAGCGACUGUGGUUCUUGGCGAAAAUGUAUCCGGACCGCGAUUCCUACAUGAUCCGCCUUCAAAUCAGCUUCAGUGGUCAAGUAGACGUGAUGAGACUGAGGCACUCUUUCAAUGCCGUCGUGAUUGGCCAUCCAGCUUUGAGAUCAAACCUGGACAUCUCUGGCAACGAACCCCUGAGCUUGGCUAUCAUUGGUGAACAGCUGGCUGCAGCUUACAACGGUGCCCGUAUUGUUACUGGCCACACUCUUCAUGAGCAAGAGGAGGAUGGUUCUCUUGAUUUUUGGAGAACAUAUCUGUCAGAUUAUGAACCCCUUAUGAUCCAAGCAGAAGGCGACGUGGAAGCAUUUGAUGGUGAAGCAGGCUACAUUGAAGUUGUGCUCGAUUUUGUCAAGGAGCAUGACAUGAGGGAAGUGUGUUCCACUUACGGCUGCACACCCUUUCAGAUCCUAGUGCUCUGCUAUGUCGAAGCUCUCAGAGCAGUUCAGGACACGAGCGACAUUGUGAUUGGGACAACCAUAGCGAACAGAACUCCAGAAAACAUGGACGUGGUCGGCCUCUUCGCCAACACGAUUCCGCUGCGUUUCCAGGAAGAAUUUGUUGGUUUUCCUGAGCACUUGAGUUAUAUUGGGCGCCAGGUGCUAUCAGCUAUGGAACAUCAAAGCACACCUCUUGCAAAAAUCAUUGAAGAAGUCGUCGUAGAUCGUGACGCAACCUCACCUCCUCUCUUUCGACAUGUCCUUACAUUACUGAACGCCUCUAUCCUGGAGCUGCCUAAAAUGACAGGAAUACAGUCAGAAGUCACUGAGCUACGGAGCAGUUUCACGCAAUUCGAUCAGAGUUGGAUUUUCCAUCAAGGGAAAGAGCUCAGCCUAGUGAUUCAAUAUGACAAACAUCGCUGUUCUACAGCGCUGAUCAAAAAUCUUCUGGAUCACUUCAAAUUCCUCUUGAAUCGUAUUCUGAAGCGGAAGCCUAUCCGCCUGCCCGUACUCUCGAUGACCGAUUUGCCAACGAAUGACACUCCUCGAUGCAAAAGCUUGGGAACAAUCUUCGAUAAGCAAGCCGCUCUGUUACCAUCAGGCAUUUGUCUUCAAAGCAGCAGUGGGAAUUUCAGCUUUGAAAACGCUGUGGAUGCUUCCAGGAACUUUGCCUAUGAAAUAGAAGCGACCAUUCUUCAGCACACUGCAGAACUUCCUAGAGCUGACGACGUAAUCUGUCUCAUUCUCCCAGAAUCCAUCGAAAAUCACAUCGCCAUAGAAUCUGUGCAUUUGCUCGGUUGUGCCUAUCUGUGCCUUUCUCCAGAUACUCCAAUUGAAAGGAUACAGUACAUACUGGCAGACUGCCAAGCCAAACUUGUAGUCACACACCUAACCCUAAGAGGGAUUUCGGUACCAACUUUGUCCCCAGAACCCUCGUUUGAAAGAAAAGUCUGUUGGUGGCCAAGAUCCUGUUCAACAUCUCUUGCCUAUUUGAUUUACACUUCGGGUACUACAGGCACACCCAAAGGCGUUUGUGUAAGUCAUCAGAGCACGCUGAAUAUGUUGAAACAUGCGACAAGACUGUACAAUUUCCGGCCUGGUGGACGUGUACUGCAAUUUACGAAAAGCUCUUUCGAUGCAAGCAUCAGCAACACUUUCGGAUGCCUCCUGAAUGGAGGCAUUCUGAGCAUCAGAGACGAAAACGCUGACGUUGUGCAGGACUUGGCUAAGUACCAGCCAAUUACGGUGCUCCACAUGACUCCUAUCGUCAUGGAGAUGUUUGAUGAGCAAGACUUAAACCAGCUUUCAGAUGUGGAAAUCUGGAGUUAUGGUGGGGAAACCAUCUCGGAAUCAACGCUGAGUUUCAUGAUUGAUCGAGGGCACCGAAUGGUUCAACUUUAUGGACCAACUGAGGUCACUUGUUAUCAGACAUCACUCAAGAUGAGGAGAGGGCAUAGUCCCACUUGUAUAGGCCAUACCAUUCCUGGCUUGCAAUACGGCCUCUGCUCGUUUAGUAACCCGAUAGUUCAGCGGAAGAGUGUCGGACAAUUCUUUUGCACCGGAGAGAACCUCGCAAGGGGGUACACUUCAACAGCGGACCGAGGAUUUACAAAAAAUCCAUUUAGAACGUUUGAGGAUCGGGUUUUACGGAGGAACCAUAGAAUGUACCUCGUUGGUGACAGGCUAAAACGAGAUGAAAAAGAAUAUUUGCACUUUCUUGGACGAAAUGAUGACCAAGUCAAAGUAAAGGGACACCGCGUUGAACUAUCAGAAAUAGAAGCUGCGGCGCGAAGUGUUGAUGGAGUGACGAAUGCUGUGGCUGUUAUUCAGAAAGACAGGACAGGGUCCAACCAUAUUGUUUUGUUCUACUCAGGACCAGCCAAAGAACCAUUGGCAGUACUCGGACGGCAAAUCCCGCCAGCUAUGCUACCAUCCAAAGUCGUUCAAGUGGCCGAGUUUCCUUUGACUUUGAACCACAAAAUCGACAGAGCUAAACUGUCUCUGGGAGCGAGCUUCUUGUCUUCUUCUGAGGACAAAGAGGAACCUCGCGACCAUGUUGACCAACAAGUCCUGAACGCUUACCGGGAGGUUCUCCAACAGCACGAGUUGGAUAUAAGCUCGAACUUUUUCCAAGCGGGAGGUCAUUCACUACUUGUUGUUCAACUGGUUUCUGCCCUCAAGAAAUCACUUGAGGUUUCAGUUCCCAUAGUGAAAAUUUUUGAGUUCCCUCGUGUGAGAGAUUUGGCAGACUGGGUCAGAAGCGUUCAGAACGUUCUUCCUGAAAACCGUGUUUUAAACUACUUGGAAGACCAUGGCCAGCCUUCUCCUUUGCAAAUAACUCUUCUCCGUUCCUUCAGGAAUCCAAAAAUACAAGCUCUGUAUGAUAUUUCGUUUACUGUCGCUCUGAAGAAGCCGUUAAGCGCGAGGACUUGUGUAAAAAUCGUGAAUCAGUUGAGCAUGAUCCAUCCUUCUCUUCGAACCCGGUUCACCAGGAUUGGCAGAGGAUAUUCUCGAGAAGUUCUCUCUGGAACUGAGUGCUUCCAGAACAUGGAUAUUAAGACGGACGUCGGACUCAACCCUCUCGAGAAACCUCCCUUUUUGGCCAGCUUCGACGGCAAUAGUAUCUGUAUUGUUGUGAAUCAUAUAAUCGUUGAUGGACACUCGAUGCAAAUUAUUGUGGAUAGCUUGGCUCAGAUACUGAAUCGCCAGAAAGUUACAAUGGAUGAUGGUCUCAUGCUCCAUUCCUGGCUGCGGGAGCGGUUCCAAAACUCGAAGGAGGAUGACGUAAAGUACUGGAAAGGCCUGUUGAAAGAAUACGUAUACAAUCAAUUACCGACAACGUUUCCUAGAUUGGUAGUCAACAGUUCAGAAGCGGGAACAUUGGUUUUACCCGGUGGUCAGCUAACCUCGAAGGUCCAGUCAUGGAUCCAACGUUACGGCUGUUCUCCCUUUGUGGCUGUACUCACCCUUCUGUCAAGAACUCUCCAACAACACAGCUGUGACCCUCAACUUCCGAUCGCCAUAGGAUUUCCUGUCAACUUACGAACGCAAGAGCUUCAGAAUUCUGUGGGAUACGGUGUCAAUACUGUGUUGGUGCUGCAAGAUACACGUGGUACUCCAUCAGAGGUGCUGCAGAUGACACCAGCUGCUGCUUCAGUUACAAAGUUCGAACUUUCCGUUUUCGUUGAUCCUGACGCAGAUACCAUCCAAUACGAAUACAACAGAAAUCUCUUCGAUCAGGAAUACAUCAGUAAUCUUGCACAAACUUUCCAAAAUGUAAUUUGUAACUGGGAUUAUCACAUUUCUCCCAAGGUAAAUAAUCCACUCCACAUCGGACAAGUACUAUACGACCCUUCCGACAUCAAGAAACUCCUUGCACCCUUACCGGUCGAAGAUCUGCGCUUCAGCUGUAGCAAUGGAGUUGGACUGCACUACAGUAGUGACAACCAAAUCGAUGAUGGCAUCAGAAAGGCACUUGAAAAGCUACCGAAACCCCUUCGCCCGCAGAGAAUAGUCUUCAACUACUGCCAAGAGAUAAGAAAGGACGCAGAAAUAGAGGAAGCAUACAUCAAUGACUUGCUCAGUGCUGAAGCGAUUCCUCAUGUACAGGCUGAAGGGGAAGUUGAACGGCUGCAAUUUGAAUUUCCAGAGGCGUUAGCUGACCGCUGGACGAAGUCUUCCGGUGCCUCCUUGUUCACUGUAGUACUGAUGAUCCUCUCGAAUAGCAUUAUGAGCAUUUUUGGACUGAAAGUAUCAACAUAUGACUUAGAAAGUGAUGAGGCCGACGAUGAAGAAAUCAUGUCGAUGCUGCCAGUGAUUUCCGAGUUCCCACUGGAAAUUGACCUCGAUAAGUGCCUGGGUGGCUACCGUAUUACGAUAAGAACACAACAAUGCUUACCUAAGGCAGCUCUUCUCAGCUGCUCUUCACAGCCUUUGCAAUCCGCGGAGUGCAGCGGACCAGAUUGCCUUGAAACAGUUGUGCGCAUAGCGCUCAAAGUAUUGGGUGUGGAAACUAUCGAUAUAAAUGAGAACUUCUUCUCUGCUGGUGGAAAUUCACUGCAGGUAAUCGCAUUUGUAGAAAUGCUCGAAGAAUCUCUGAACGUGAACAUAGAGAUCGCUGAAGUAUACGAAAUGAAGUCUUUCUCAGAGUUCGCCAACCAGUUACACUCCAAGAUAUCUGCAGCCCAAGGCGGAGAAUGUCAUGAAGACUCCGAGGCAGAGAUGUUCAUGAAGCCUCAAACUCCUCCGAGAAUCCCCAAAGGAAUAACCAAUGUGACAUCCCCUCAAUUAGCUUAUCGAGUUUUUCUACUGGACCUGAAACGCCACGAGCAACGAGCUUGUAUCACUGAACCAGGCGGUUCCGGGGUCUCCUAUGCCGAGUUAGCAAGGAUAAUGGAGCGACAAGCAGCCUCCAUCAGGCUUUCCUACUGCCAGGUCACAGGAGAAACUCUGCGCAAUGACACCAUCAUACCAAUCAUUGGUGACAGCUGUGGCUCCACUAUCAUCACCCUCUUGUCAAUAUUAUCAGCAGGAGCUGCCUAUCUCCCAAUUGAUUCCACUUUGCCGUUGGAAAGAAUCCUACUCCUCCUCAAAGAGUCCCACACGGAAUGUUACGUUGGAGAGAGAAUCGCAGAAAUACCUCAUUGCCACCUAACAACAACGUCAUUCGCCGGAAGGUUCUCCCGUCUCUUGAGCAGCAGUUCGCAGAAAGACCUAGCCUAUGUAAUCUACACUUCUGGUACAACUGGUAUUCCCAAAGGAGUUUGCAUAAAUCAUGGAGCCGUGAUGAACAUGAUGCGGUCCUCCACAAGCGAUUUCCGCUUGAAACCUGAUGACGUCAUCUAUCAGUUCACUAACUUCAUUUAUGACAACAGUGUUCUCGAAAUAUUUAUGACAUUAGCGAAUGGGGCAAAAUUAGUUGUGGAUACGGUAGCAUUCUCACCAAGACGAUUUGUUGAUCUCAUGGAACAGUGCGCCAUUACACAUUGCCUUCUUUUUCCCGGAAUAGUGGCUACAUUUAGCCAGCGGCAUUUCAGAAAACUUGCUGCUCUUCGGUAUUGGAUUGUUGGAGCGGAAAAGCUCCCACAACGAAUGUUUGACAUGGCCAUUGAGGCUGGGGUAAGCGUCAUCCAGAACUAUGGCCCAACAGAAACCACUGCCUACGCAUUGACCAAGCACAUGAGAAUCACGGAUCUGUCAAACAAUCUUGGUAAAGCGAUUCGAAACACUGACUCGCGGGUUGGUGAAACUGGAGAGUUGAUACUGAGAGGUAAAGGUAUAAUGCGAGGUUACCUGGGACUAGCUCGCAAAGACGUACUCUUGGAAGGAUCCAUGGUAUCCAACCGGCGACCAGCAGAGGGUAAGGUAGAGGGUGAAGUUUUGGACUCGUGUUCAAAGCUGCUUCCAAACCACAUGCGGCCCGCCCAUGUGCUGACACUGGACGAGUUUCCGCUCACGAAAAACUCAAAAGUCGAUGUGGCUCUUCUGAGUGCAGACUGGAAACGACAUUUACAGAAAAACAGGCUCAAUAAGUUAGUGCAAAGCUUCUUUGGGCGGACGAUAAAGCCUCAGUCAAGCCUGGUUGAAGAUGGUGGAUGUACGAGACAUGCUAUUGAGCUGGGUUCUCUUUACAUGAAGAAAUAUGGGCAAACACUUGAUAUAGCGCAGUUACUGGAAAGGCCAUUGAAAGAUGUUGGUGAAAAGCAGACUAUGCUGGACAAAAAGGCAAGGAAUUCGGAGAAAGUCAAGGAGAGGCUCAGGAAGAUAUGGAGGAAAGUCCUCAAACAUGACACUUUCGGACUAGCUGAUCACUUCUUCUUCAGCGGUGGCAAUUCAAUUUCACUCAUAAAACUGCGUUAUGAGAUCAACACGGAGUUUCAAGCGCAAUUCACCAUUCGAGACCUCCUCAACUGCUUGGUGUUCAGCGAAAUGAGCGCUAUGAUCGAAUCAACAGGGAAGUCAGUGAGGAUUGCCACUGUCGUUCACAACCCUCCGACACCUCGUUGCAGCCUUGUGUUUAUUCAUGCACUCUAUGGAGGCAGCGCACCAUACACGAAUCUGAUAAAGUGCUUGAGCCAAAUGGAAAGUUUCCAGAUCAUUACUGUACAGCAUCCAAAUACCUUCGGAUUCGAGAGCGAUGAUGUGAAGUUCUUCGAAAGCAUAGAGUCGCUUGCUCAAAGAUAUGCUGCUGAGGUGGCCGAACUGUUGAACGGAUCCUCGGAUACGGUACUAAUCGGAGCUUCUCUCGGAGGAACAAUCGCCGUUGAAAUGACAAAUUACUUGGAAGUGAAAUGUAAAGUCAUCGUUAUUGACAGCGGAACCGAAUACCAAAAGUUAAAGGGGUACUCAUUUGAAGACCACAGGAAGAGCGUGAACGAUGCCUUGGUGAACUAUGCCAUUGAUGACAUCACGAAGUUUUGGAUGGUGCUGAAUUCAUGGGAUAUGUUGAUCAUGCUACGCGAUUAUGAACCCACACCACCGAGUAGAAUCGAAAAGCUUAACGUCUUCUCCAUUGACGGGUCCGAUCUUGGAUGGAGCAGAUUGGUGACGACAUCGACAACGAGAAUAGUUGGUACUCAUGCUGACAUGCUUUCUGAGAAGUAUUGCCAUGAUCUCGCAAAUGAAAUCGUUGGAGUAUUGUCUCAGAACUAG